GAAAUACUGUCACGGAACAGAAAUGAUUCUCUCUCUUUUACUCCUAAUUUCUAAAGUGACUGCUACUCCGAUGGUUCUGUAUCAGUCUACGGGUGUCUUAUAUGUUGAGGAAAGGACCAUAGCAGAAGUCUCCUGUGGGUCCAGUGAACCAUUAGAGGCUGGAACUAUGAUCUCCUGGUAUCGAAGAAGUUGGACAACUGGUGGAAACCUUUCAUUAGUCAAAUCCUGUGUGGAUAGUGACAAGAACAAAUAUGUCUGUAAUACUGGCGGUUAUAGGGCUACACUGCAGAUACAUAAUACAGAGACCAAUGACUCAGGAGUUUACUUGUGUACUUACAAUUAUCAUAAUACCUUUACCAUCACUGGAAACGGAACCACCCUCAUUGUCGGAGACAGUUCCACCUCCAAAAUCUCCGUCCAUCUCCUCAUACUACUUCAGCAUGAUCUUCCACAAAAUCAUCUUCUGCUGGCUUGUGUGGCGCAUGAGGUUGGUCAUACAGCUCAUAUAGCCUGGAACAUGUCUGGAACAUUUCACAAGGGCAAGAUGACAUCCAUUCAAAGACCUGAAGGAACAUGGACUUUCAUGAACAUCAUCUCACUUUCUAAGGACACUUUCGACACUGGAAACAGCGUGAGCUGUGAGGUCUGGUUUAAUUCUUCCACUGCAGUAGUUGUCCAUUGGCAAGUACCAGGACCUCUCCAGAAUAAUUUUACUUCCAGUUGUCAAAGUUUCCUAAUACCAGUCUUAGCAUUGGGUCUUUUACUGCUGUUGACUUUGUCUGCUCAUCUACUAUGGACCCAUAGGCAAACAGAUGAAAUUGGGAUAAUUUCUGGAGACAAAAAUAGGAGUCGGGAUGAAAUUACUUAUGUUCAGCUGAACCUGGCCCAUCUCAAUGAACAAAGAAAAUAA